CCAGGAUUCCUUUGGGUCUGUAUCUGGACAGAAUGGACUCGGGUACAGUUUGCAUUUAAAACAAGCCUAAAUAUGGUCUUGUGUAAUUUUAUUGAAAAAUAGGUUCAUGUGAAUUUUCUGUUUGUUUUCUAUUUCUGAAAGAGUCUGGAUUAAAGUCAUCCCAUUUGGAUAGGAUUUCGUAUCUAGCUCAACCAAAGAAGUCCAAGACAAUUUGGGCCACAACACCUUGGAUACUGACAUGGGGAAACCAGGAAUCGAUACGGCCGCUGUCCCGCUCAGCACUGCAAGCCGUUUCGAGCCCCAGAAUAAAGGCUCUGGCCCAGCCUAAGAAAGACUUCUGCCUCCAGAUCCAGCUCAGGAAAGAGGAAGAGGAGGAGAGAUGGAUGAAGAUCUCCCGCCCUUCCUCUCAUGCAGUGCAGUACGAGAACCUUGUCCGUCUUGCAACUCCCAAAGCCCGAGGAAGAAGCGCCCAGGAAGUGAAUUCUCCUCACUCAUUGUUAUGUGAGUAUGACUGUCCCAUCUGGCAUGUGAGUCCUAGUUUAAGGGACACUGUCGUUUCGCCUCGAAUCCUCCAGCUGUCCAUCCCCAAAACCAACCACCCCGACUUCACCAGCAACAGACAGAAUGUGCAGACAUUCAUCUCAUAUGCAGCUCAAACAGCCAAGAUGACGUCUAGACUGGAGCAGCUCUCACUGCCCAAACUAAGAAAGAACAGACAAUUCUAUGACCCUGGACAACCAGAGAGUCCUAUCCGAACUGUGUCUAGAGGAGCAAGAAUCGCCACAGCGAGUGCCCGAAUCCAAGCUUUAUCCACUCCUAAAGCCCUCUCUAAUGAUUACAUCCCACCCAGAGAACCAACAUGGCAGCCCUGAGAAAACAAGACAGACCACAAAGCUGUGGUUUCCAGCACAUCAAUCAUCUGCAGUUAUUGUAUUUUGUCACUUUCUCACACCUUCCUUUUCCUAUCAGGAGCUUGUUGAUUGGUUGAGCUCUCGUUGCUUUCCCUCUGGUUUUCUAAUCAGUCUCAGAUUUUGACUCUGGACUACUUUUGACUGAAACGUAAGUACUACAUUAUUCUUAGCCUGCUGCCAAACCCGCCUGGCUCCUCAAACAGGACUCUGUGUUUUACGCCUGUAGUGUUUCCAGAUUGUGUCUUUUUGGAUUUCUGUCUAGCCGCUGCUUUCUGUGAGAAAAUGCUGCAAGAGUAUCUAUCAGCAUCUGGUUUGAACAUCGGUGUAAGUGUUCGUGCCUGGACUUUCAUUCUAUACAUUCAUCUAGAUUACACUUCUG